AUGGACCUGCCCGAAACCGACGACGUCAUCCUGCUGAAGGGAUGCUAUUUGGAGGCACACCGAUCUGAUGAUACUGCUCUCAAGUUAGAGGGCUUGCGCAUCGCAUUGAAUGAGCCCGUCACGUCUUGCUUGGCCGUCACCAUCAAGGAGAUGAACAGCGUCGCCCGUCGUCUUCGCGAGUUGGCCAACAUUGCUCAGGACGGCCAUGUAUACUUCAACCAGGCCCGCUUGUUCUGCAUUCAGGAUCACCAAGUCGGUUGGAUCCGGUGCUUCGAUGGUGAUAGGGUAUCUCUUAUUAUGUUCUUGAACUCUCAGGAUGACUGCCCGUACCUACUCCUCCGAAUAUACAAAGACGAGAAGCCAUGGUUUUCGCUUCGCGGCGCCCACGAAGUAUGCAUUAUGAGACAAGCAAACUCAUUGCAAUUUCGCCGCUGGAGUAUGAAUACCAACAAUUCCAAGAUUUGGGCCAAAUUAUAUUUCAGCGCAUGGGAAGAUUUAGUCCUCACGUAUUGUACCUUUGCAUCGCUCAAGGCAAGAAAUCAUCGGACUCUCCAAUGCGCCCCCAGGGAGCUUGUAGUGGGCAAAGAGCACAAACUUUUCCAAGCGCGUAUAUCAGAUGAUGGGUUUGAUCAUACCCUCUAUGUUUGUAGUGACAAGGCCACUGGUGGUCUGCGACUUCACGCAGCAGUUGGGGACGGCGAACUACGCCAAUGUCCUGUCUGGACUGCAUUUGGUAUUAUGCCCGCCGACGGCACCGACUGCGAUUACAGAUGCCACAUUAUACUGACCGGGUGCUCAGUGACUGAACAGGCCAAAUGCACGAAAUGGCUAAGGCGAAGCUCCUCUGGUCGUAAAGUCUGGCUGACAGACAUCCGACUCUUUGUAUUCUGCAAGCAGUAUCGAGAGCAUAACCAGCGCAAAGGGCCAGCUGGGGAGUUUCAAAUCAACUUUGCCAGCAGACGCGCUGCCGAACGCUUCGAAACUGUUUUCUAUCCAUACCAACAGCAAACCUCAUGA